AGAUUUUUUUUACAAAGAAUAUAAUGAAUGGUUCAUAUUGAAUAGUCUCAGUGCAUCACUUUGCAGUUUUCUUAUAGCGAAGAAUAGAAGACAACAAUCACUAUGAUAAUGAUGCAAAGCUUAAAACUGAAUCUAGUUCAUUCCACAACUCUAUGCCCCCGCAGCAUCACUUGUAUCACCCCAUUCUCACCAUCCUCCUCCAUUACCGUAACACAAACUCACCACCACCAACAACACACUUAUUCUUCUUCAUCUUCAUCUUCUUCACCUAAAAUUGUUCACAUUACUCGUACCCAUUCACAUUCUCAUCCAUUUCCAGAACCCGAUAACGACCAAGUCGAAGACCUCCGUGUUCCUCCCCAUUGGUCACUCCCAACUAAUGCCUCUAAGGAAUCAGAGUGGCUUAGGGUUACUUUGCAUAAAUGGUUGGAUGAUGAAUACUGUCCUGAAGAAACCAAUGUGGAGAUAAGCAGAGUUGCUGCCAAAUCCUAUUACAAUUCUUUGAUACGGAAACAAACUGAUUUGAGUGACAUUUUGUUGAACAUGGCGCAUGAAUUGGAGUCUAUUUCUUAUAAGGAAAGUUUUCAUGGCGCGUUCUCGUCUGCAAAUGCUGCUGUUAGCCUUAUUGCUCAACGGGUCGAAACAUUCUGCCACCCAAAUUGAAUUUUAUAGCUCUAAAAUCCACAUGGUUUGAUUUUUUUUCAAUGUUAGUAGGAUUGAGUUAACUUCUUCUAUUGUAUAGUAAUGUCUUGUAACUUGUUUCUUUGUUAUAGAGCUGCAUGACUCCUCUUUGAUGGCUCUUUCUUGUAGCCGAUUGAGUGCUUGAAACCUUGUGACGUGUGAAUUUUAUACCAUAUGGUCUUUAUUUUA